CUGGGAAAACCAUCAGUGGUAAGACCUAUCCAAAAUGAAACUGUUCGUAUUCCUGGCUCUGGCCGUGGCCGCAGCCACCGCCCUGCCUGCUCCGGAGCAGAAGCUGACCCCCGUGCCCGUAAAGGACGCCAAGAUCCAGGGCAGGAUCACCAACGGCUAUCCCGCCUACGAGGGCAAGGUUCCCUACAUCGUGGGUCUGCUGUUUAGCGGCAACGGCAACUGGUGGUGCGGAGGCUCCAUCAUCGGCAACACCUGGGUCCUGACCGCCGCCCACUGCACCAACGGCGCCAACGGAGUGACCAUCAACUACGGAGCCAACCACCACUACAACAGCGGCAACCUGCACAACGACAUCUCCCUGAUCCGUACUCCCCACGUGGACUUCUGGAGCCUGGUCAACAAGGUGGAGCUGCCCAGCCUCAACGACCGCUACCAGGACUACGCCAGCUGGUGGGCCGUGGCCUCCGGAUGGGGUGGCACCUACGAUGGAAGCCCGCUCCCCGAUUGGCUCCAGGCUGUCGACGUCCAGAUCAUGUCCCAGAGCGACUGCAGCCGAUUCUGGUCGCUGCACGACAACAUGAUCUGCAUCAACACCGAUGGAGGAAGGUCCACCUGCGGAGGCGACUCCGGUGGCCCCCUGGUCACCCACGAGGGCAACCGCCUGGUGGGAGUGACCUCCUUCGUCUCGGGAGCCGGCUGCCAAGCCGGUCACCCCGCAGUCUUUACCCGCGUCACCGGAUACCUCGACUGGAUCCGCGACAACACCGGCAUCUCCUACUAAGUGCUUGAACAUUAGAAAAGUUUUUAAUAAAAUUGCAAAGCGAACUUUA